AUGUUCUGGCAGUUGCCUAUCAUCCGGGCUCUGCACUCCGGACGAGCUAGUGUCACUGUCUUCUUCGUCAUCUCGGGCUUCGUUCUCACCCUCAAGACCCUGGCGAUGAUCCACAACGGCAAGAUGGACCAGGCUCUGAGUGCACUAGCUGGAUCCGCGUUCCGCCGCCCUUUCCGACUGUACCUUCCCAUCUUUGCUUCGACAUUCAUCAUCGCUCUGCUGGUCUAUGGGGGGGACUAUGUGAGGGAUCCGUCGGGAGCACCUGUCCCGCCGAGAGGGGAGACCUUGGACCAACAGCUGCAACACUGGUUCUGGAGCACGAUCGAUCUAAUGAACCCGUUUCGACCCAUUGUCAACAGAGAGAACAUGAAAGGAAGCGAGUAUGACGGGCAUCUAUGGACAAUCCCUGUCGAGUUCAAAGGUUCGCUGCUCGUAUUCUUCCUUCUCCUUAUCUUUGCUCGGGCAAAACGGUGGAUUCACAUGGUCGGCGUCGUGGGCACAGCCUUCUGGCUGGUUCGCAUCGGCGACUGGGACCAGGCUCUUUUUUGUGUAGGCCUGUUACUUGCAGAGAUCUCCAUCAUCCUUCCCAACGGCAGCCCGCCGUCAGAGACACCCGAAGAUGAGACCCUCGGCUACAGAAAAACGAUCAUUACGAAUUUUGGUCCCACCAUUGGCCAUGUCUUUCGCCACGCGGGUACUUUGGCUCUCUUCUUCCUCGGCAUGCACCUUUUCUCAUACCCCGAGCUUUCCGGCUCGUCGACUCCGGGUUUCAUUACACUUUCCCAGUGGGUGCCUGCCUACUAUCAAGCUACGGCAGACCGGACUCAGCUCUUCUGGAACUCCGUUGGCGCCAUUGCGUUCAUCUUUGCCAUGAUGUACUCGCCGGCCGUAUCUUUUGAUCUCCAACUUCCGCUCCCGAAGCUUUGCAACUUCCGCCUGCCUUGGCACCAAACCAGUGCUAGCCUCAACGAUGGAGACAAGGAAGAAUUCGCAGCAGCAACGUUUUCGGAUCGUGAGGCAGCCAGGCCCGAACCUCUUCUCCAGCGGCCUUUCACCACGAACUUCGCCCAAUACCUAGGGCGCAUCUCGUACUCUCUGUAUCUAUGGCAUGGUGCCAUAAACCACAUGGUCGGAGUGAGAUGGCUGUCUCCGGCGUUUGCCGCGCUGCAGCUAGCUCAAAGCCAGGCAAAGGAACUCACAGAGAGCGGCAACGACACCGCCGCAUUAGACCUAACGCAAUCAGCUUGGGGUACGUACAAGCUUGCGUUCUUCUACGGUACCCUGGUCAACACACUCGCGCUCUUAUGGGCAAGCGAUGUAUUCAAUGCAUUGGUGGAUGUAAACGCUGUCAAGUUGACUCGUUGGCUCGGUGAAAAGUCUUGGAGGAGGGAUUGA